UGACUACAACAUUCCCCGGAACCGCCAUCAACAAUGGGAAAGCUCAACAUCGCUCAUCACAAAUCAUACCAUCCGUAUCGACGGGAUAAUAUCGAAAAGGUUCGUCGAGAUGAAGAAGAGGCCAAGUUGAAAGAGGCCAAGGAGGAAGGUCGCCUGAUGCUGGCGGAUUCUGAGGCUCGCAUAGAUCUUCUGCGAAAACGAGGGCCAAGCGGGAAGAAGAAAGAACAGAUUGACGAGGAUUUUCGACCACCUACGGCUCCGUCUAUCUCGACCUCUGGUGGUCACAUAAAUUUCUUUGAGGAUUUGGAGCAGAACGCUAUCACUGCUGCCGUUCGUGUCAACAAGAAAACAACGGCAAGCGAAUCGGAGAAAGGGUUCGCUUUGGCACCAUCCAGCAAGGAUCUGAACCCAUGGUAUUCCAACAAGAAUCGGGAACAAGGAGUGUUUGACGAUGAAAAUGAGGAGCGGAGGAAGCGGGAUAGUGCCCGAAAGUCAUUACAUGACCCCCUUACUUCGAUAACACAUCAACUUGCUUCCUCCUCCUCCAUGAAGACUCGUCCUUCACAGUCAUACCAGAAACCUACUCCUGUCAUGAACGGUUCCCAUCCUCCAGAAGUCAACGCCCGGAUAGCUAGGGAGUCAACAGAAAGGGAGCGCGCGUUAGCACUCAUACGGCGCAGGAAGCGUGAAAUGGAGGGUAGUGAAACACCCAGCACUGUACACGGAGGAGUUCAUAAUUCUUCUGGGUACGGAGAUAUGUAUAAUCGGAGGGACGUCGAAGAAGCGCAUCGAACACGCGACCGAAGAUGGGACGACUCUCGGCCCCCCCGCUCGCGGUCAUGGAGCAGAGGUGAAGGACGAGCACAACGAUGGUAAUCAUCAUGAGAUCCAGUGUGCUUGCAUCUUCUGAGGUACAGACUGUGUUAACCUUCCCCCCGAGCGCAAAAAUGUAACGAAAUUGAACUCAGUACUAUAUCGCAACUCAUCAACUCAACCUUCCAUCUUCAUCAUCCGCAUGUAAUGGUUGCAUAUGGUCGCUGUACUCAUCAAGUCAUGCCGUAUCAGUACCUACCAACGCCGUACUGCCACGGGUACGGGUCUAUACCGACUGACGAACACCGUGGUCACGGUGGUUCUGGUGCUGAUGUUUGAUGUUUGUCAAUGCCACAAUGUAUCAUUAUGGCUUCAUGGACUCUAUGGGCCUUCUCUCAGGAGGACAGACACUCGCUAUCACCAACUCGCCGAAUAUAACCCUUUAUUUGAAGCUAUACAUUCGAUGAACCGGGCAUUCUCCGAUGAAAACAACGAUGCUACACGUACCAGCGUAGUGUGCGGGCCCGACGGGGAAUCAUGUACAGGCUGAUACAGAUUUACUCGAAGUCAGCUUCUAUUUUUAUACAGUGCCACGCGUAUAUAAAAAGACAUCAUAAUAACUCAGUAAAUACUCGAAAUUCUCGUAUACUUCAAAUGAUUACAAUGCAGGUCUAGAUUUCUAA